CGAUCGGGCUCACUCUGCAACGGAAGUCGCAUCUCCUCGAGGACGAGAAGGACCCCUAUGACCUGCGAAGACCACCCUACAAGCGGAGAAGAUGGCAGGUACGGAUUCUUGCUACAGGCUUCUGAGAUGACGAAACAAGGUGCUGAUCCGCAGGCAGCUGGGUAUGCUCAUGUUCGUGGUGUCGAACAUCGUUGGAAGUACGAUCCAGAUCACUACGCUGCCGCUGCCGGUUCUCUCGACUCUCCAAGCGGCACGGUCCUGGUAUGCAUCGGCGCAGUUUUGAUCGCCACGUUUGGCGCCAUUGGGGAGCCCGCGCACACCCUGGAUCAGCUUCUCGAGCUUCUCUACCGCCGACCUUUCGUGUUGUGGAUGAUCGGUACGGUGGUCGUCGUGCUCCUCACCCUCGCUGGGUCACGGCUCCUCAAGAUCUUUUCUUCUCCUAGCCUCUCGAGAUACUAUCGGAUUUUCAAACUAAAUGGGCCGCUACUGCCCGUGCCUCGUGCGAAGCUCAUUCGCGGCAUGUUGUUCGGUUUCGUCAGUGGAGUGCUGUCUGCUCAUUCGCUGCUGCUGGCCAAGUCAGCGGUUGAGCUGCUCGUCCGCACGGUGAUCGACCGUGUAAACCAAUUCAAUAGAUGGCAAUCGUGGCUCAUCCUUCUAGGCAUGAUUACCCUCGCUCUGACGCAGCUAUACUAUAUGCAUCGAGGUUUGAAACUCUGUAGCACCAGCGUUCUUUAUCCUUUCGUUUUUUGCAUAUACAACAUCAUUGCGAUCGUGGAUGGUUUGAUUUAUUUCCGACAGGCAUCCCAGCUUGCCGGCCUCCAUGCCGGACUCAUUGCACUCGGCACUGUCGUUCUUCUCGGUGGUGUCCUCUGCCUUUCGUGGAGACUGGAGGAUAUGGACAGCCAUACGGGAGUUGCGAUAGCUGGUCCUACGCAAGCUGCUCUGGGGCCAGGCAUGGGGAUCGUGGAAGAGCAACCCGAGUCCGGCUUGGAAGACGAGGAAAUACAAGCUGGAGAACGGCAGCCGCUCUUGUCUACACCGCAACCUCGACGUGGAUCGUCUCAUCAGCGGGCACCGAGCCUUCCACUCAUGUCUCCAUAUCGAUACCGUACUCAAACCUACAGCGCACAGCCCUUUAAUGAGGAAUCGGCUCAGAUCUGGGCAGAAUUGGAUGACUCGGAGAAUGUCGUGACUGGCGACCCAGAAUCCCCCUCCGCUCGUCUACAUCGCCCAUCAUUUGGACGUGCCCGUGGACGCAAGAGUAGAACCCUCUCCUUGGCCACAGGUGGCCGUGGACGGUGGCUACUUGCCGGCAAUGAUAUCGGCUUGCUCUCUUCUGGAAAAGUUCGAGACCCAUCUGCCAGAUACUCGCUUCCACCCUUGCAGGGCUGGGAUUUUCGACGGAUCCGAUACCUUCAGCAAGAUGGUAUAUUGAGGCGCACCUCAGCCCCCGUGGGAACGGAUCCAAAUUCUCCGCGAAAUUACGGUACGCAAGGUGGUGAAGCUGACUCCUACGCAGCAAUCGGUCAUGUUUCCGGACCUCGUGUUCCUCUGAACACAGAGAGCGAUAAUCCUAGAAGCUCAGGACUGUUCUCAACAGCUUGGAGAAGAGGCUUGAAUCUUCUGCAGCGUUGGACAAGAACCAGAUCAGGAAAUAAUGCAAGGAAUCUUUCAUGA